GUUCUAUUAACUCGUCAUUAGGUUUAAUUCAUGUAUUUUUGUGUAUUGUAAAGUAUUUACAGUUUUAAUAACUGAACAAUAUUUACGUUGUUCUUGUUUUUACACAGUGUAACUACAGAACUGACCGUAAGAUGUCUCAUCAAACGGGUAUUCAAGCUAAUGAAGACCUGAAAAAGUAUUUCAACAAAUGUAGGGAUGGAAAAAUACGCGUCAUGAAAAUUAGUAUAGAAAAUGAACAGUUGACUCUUGCCAAAAAAGAGCCAGUGAAAGGGACUUGGGAACAGGACUUUGAGAAAUAUCUACCUUCACUGAUUGUGGAAGAUAUGCCCUGCUACAUGUUAUAUAGGUUCGACUCCACAAACUCUCUGGGCCACGAGUGGUUGCUUCUCAGCUGGUCUCCGGACUCGGCGGCAGUCCGGCACAAGAUGCUGUACGCCUCCACUAAAGCCACACUCAAGCAGGAGUUUGGCUCUGCACAUAUAAAGGACGAGAUGCAUGCUACUACCAAGGAGGAAGUAUCUCUGAAAGGCUACAAGGCGCACUUGAGAGGCAUCAGCGCGCCGGCGCCGCUGACGGAAAGGGAAGAGGCAUUGAAAGAACUCCGGCAGACCGACCACAGCACAAACUACAGCACCGACUCUAGGCAAUCGACUAUGGGCGGCGUUUCGUUUCCAAUCACGGAAGCGGCCGAACAAGCCAUAGUGGAUCUACAGAGGGGUUCCUACAACUACAUACAGUUUAAAAUCGAUUUAGAAGAAGAAAAGAUCCACCUAUCGAAAGCCGCAAUCAUUCCUGUAGUGAGCCUGCCCGAGCAGGUGCCGAGCGACCAGGCGAGGUAUCACUUAUACGUCUUCAAGCACAGCCACGAGGGAGACCACAUGGAUAGCAUAGUGUUCAUCUACUCGAUGCCCGGUUACAGCUGUUCUAUCAAAGAGAGGAUGCUGUAUUCCAGCUGCAAAGGACAGUUCCUAGACAUCAUAGAGAAAAUCGGAGUUGUGGUAGAAAAACGAAUUGAAAUCGACGACGGCAAAGAGCUGACCGAAGAGUUCCUAUACGAGGAGAUCCACCCCAAGCGCAACCUUCACCGCCCCGCCUUCGCCAAGCCCAAGGGCCCGCCCAACCGGGGGGCUAAACGUAUCACCAAGUCGCAGCCCCAGCAGUAA